AUGCCUUCGCCCAAAUCUCCGGACUCCCUGAAGGAGCUUCGGGUCACUGAGUACUCCGUGAACUCCAGCACCAAUUCCAGCACAAACUCCAGCCCUACCUUGUCACCCCAAGAUGAGAAGCGACUUCCUACACCUUCGUCCGACUCGAUCAACCUGGAAGGAAAAACUACAUCUCUACCACCCUACCAUGUCUUCUCCCGAUCUCGCAAAUUGCAAAUGGUGUGCAUAGUUUCGCUCGCCGCCAUCUUCUCUCCGCUAUCCUCCAAUAUCUACUUCCCAGCACUCGGCGAGAUUUCCAGAGAAUUGGACAUCUCCAUGUCCCUCGCUACCCUCACCGUUACCGUAUACAUGAUCGUCCAAGGCUUGGCACCCAGUUUUUGGGGCUCCUUCUCCGAUGUCCUUGGCCGGCGCUCAAUUUUCAUGGGAACUUUCAUCGUCUACAUGAUUGCCAACAUUGCCUUGGGCGUGUCGACCAAUUACGGAGAGUUGAUGGCGUUCCGUGCCGUGCAAGCUGCCGGGAGCGCGGCUACCAUUUCAAUUGGUGCCGGAGUGAUUGGUGACAUCACCACAUCGGCUGAGCGAGGAAGCUUGGUCGGAAUCUUUGGUGGAGUUCGCAUGCUUGGUCAAGGUGUUGGUCCGGUGUUUGGCGGUAUUCUAUCCCAGUACCUGGGGUUUAGAUCCAUAUUCUGGUUCUUGACUAUUGUUUCCGGACUGAGUCUUCUCUCCAUCCUUUUCUUCCUUCCCGAGACUCUUCGUACCAUUGCCGGUAAUGGCACCGUCCCCCUGCACGGUGUCUACAAGCCCUUCAUAUACUACUUCACCGGCCAGCGGGAUGCGAAGCCGGAUUCUGUCCCGUCAGAGCCAAAGAAGAAAGUAACUGUUAAGACUGUAUUUGCUCCACUUGGAUUCCUCGGAGAAAAAGACGUCUUUAUCACCUUGUUCUUUGGCGCCAUUGUUUACACUGUUUGGUCGAUGGUGACAUCCUCUACUUCAGACUUGUUCGAGUCUAGAUAUGGCCUCAACUCGUUAGAAGUCGGCUUGACCUUCCUCGGAAAUGGCUGCGGAUGCAUGUCCGGCUCCUACACCAUCGGCUAUCUAAUGGAUUUCAACCACAAACGGACAGAGCGCGAAUAUUGCAUGCACAAAAACCUUCCCCUCGAGACGCGCAUCACAACCAAGACCCACCCCGACUUCCCCAUCGAAUACGCCCGCAUGCGCAACACCUGGUGGAUCACCGCGCUUUUCAUCGUCUGCACAGCUGCCUAUGGAUUUUCGCUCCACACCCACCUCGCCCUUCCCAUUAUCCUCCAAUACAUCAUCGCAUACUGCGCUACCGCCAUCUUCACAAUCAACAGUGCCUUGGUUAUCGACCUUUACCCGGGUGCGAGUGCCAGUGCGACUGCCGUCAACAACCUGAUCCGGUGCUUGAUCGGUGCCGCGGGCGUGGCUGUUGUCCAACCCAUUAUCGAUGCCAUCACUGCCGAGUAUACAUUUCUCUUGCUUGCGGGUAUCACCCUCCACAUGGUCCCGCUUAUCCUCAUCGAGAUGCGUUGGGGUGCUGGAUGGCGCCUUGAGCGGAACAAGCGACUCAAGAGGAAGGAACAGGCUGUUUAA